UGCGCGAGUGCGCUUUCCAGUCCGCGCUCCCGACUCGCAGGCGAAUGGCGUGCCUGUGAGACUCCGCCACCGGUUUCAAUACACUCAUUAUUAUAUCCAUGACGUAUCAUUUAAACUAUGACGUAUAACUGAACGAGUACGCGCCACGAGCCCUCCGUUGUGUUGUGACGUUAGUAAGGACAAUUAGUGAACGUAGUUUUGGGGAAGCGACGAGGGAAAAGUAACUGUUGAUUUUAAAGACAAGAGGAAGAAAUAAUCCAAGAUGGCGCUGAUUGGUAUGGCAUCAGCGGUGGCGGGCUUCGUCAAAGUCCGCUACCUGAUUGACAAAGCUGUCAUCGACAACAUGGUGUUCAGAAUGCACUACCGGAUCACGUCCGCUAUCCUGUUCCUGUGCUGCCUUCUCGUUACAGCCAAUAAUCUUAUCGGCGAUCCGAUCUCGUGUAUUAACGACGGUGCGAUUUCCGCUCAUAUCCUGAACACGUACUGCUGGAUUACCUAUACGUUCACCCUGCCCUACACCAAGAACAAAGGCAUCGCGCACCCCGGCCUCGGCAAUGAUUACGAAGAGGAGAAACGCAUACAUGCUUACUACCAAUGGGUGCCCUUUAUGCUGUUCUUCCAGGGUCUGCUCUUCUACAUUCCGCACUGGAUCUGGAAGAACUGGGAGGAGGGCAAGGUGCGCAUGAUCUCUGACGGUAUGCGGGGAACAUCAGCCUGCAUCGCAGACGACAAGAGCAAGAGACAGAGUCGAUUGGUACAGUAUUUGUACGACACCCUUCACAUGCACAACACCUAUUCUUUCGGCUAUUUCUUCUGUGAGGUUCUCAACUUUGUCAACGUUGUUGGUAACAUCUUUUUCCUCGACACAUUCCUUGGAGGCGCUUUCUUGACUUACGGCACAGAUGUCGUCAAAUUCUCUAACAUGAACCAGGAGCAACGUUUUGACCCUAUGAUUGAAGUGUUCCCGCGUGUUACAAAAUGUACCUUCCACAAAUUUGGUGCUUCUGGAACAAUCCAGAAACACGACGCCCUCUGUGUUCUCGCCUUGAACAUCCUUAACGAAAAGAUAUUCAUCUUCUUAUGGUUCUGGUUCAUCAUUUUGUCAGUGUUGUCGGGUUUGGCACUCGUGUAUUCGGCUGCUGUAAUCCUCCUGCCGAGUACCCGCGAGACUAUCCUCAAGAGACGUUUCCGCUUUGGGACCCCUAACGGCGUCGAGGCACUUGUUAGGAAGACUCAGGUUGGCGAUUUCCUCCUGUUGCACCUUCUCGGUCAGAAUAUGUCAAUGCGUGUAUUCGGUGAGGUGCUGGACGAGCUGUCGCGUCGCCUGCAUCUCGGCUCCAACGCGCCCUCCGCGCCAUCUACUCUCGAAAUGGCACCUAUCUAUCCUAACAUCGAAAAGUAUUCGAAAGAAACCGAGACCUAAGCUAUACGGUAAACUCAAGUAUGUCUCAUUUACAUUAUUUGAGGUACCUUUAUUGGUUCUUAGGUAAUUCAUUUGUUAAUCUCAAACGAUGUAUCAGAGACAUUGCCAUUUUUUGUUCCUUAUAUUUAAGUAUUCAAAACAUCCAUACGCUCCUAUAACGGUACCUAGUGUUACGAUUUCUUCUAUCGAAGACAAUUCCAUUUUAUUACAUUCAAUACAUUCCUUUAUCUGUGUUUAGACAAUACUACCUUUGUUAAGGUAUCAGACACAGUUUACGUUGUUAGGCUUUUACAUGGUCUCAAUAUGUUUGUUGCGAAUGAAAGAAUUGUUAUAAUUAUAGCCCCUUUUUGGGGAUCAUAUACAAAAUUGACGAGCAUGACAUUAGUUUUUAAAUAUUUGUAGUGAACGCAUUGUGAAUUGACAAUUAGGCAAUAACGAGAAAUGUAUGAGAAA